UAUGGAAAAAGGAAUCAAGAUUUUUGGUGCAUUUCUAGUGUUUGCCAUAAUAAAUUAUCUAUAUUUUAUUUAUUGUCAUUUUUGUUUGAUUGAUGGAAGAGGUAAAACCAAUGAGCAAUUAGUGUCUAUGUAUCACAAUAAAUAUGGAUAUUCUGUUGUUCCUUUAGAGAAUAAAAAUUAAGAGCCAAAUAUACAAACUGAAACUCCUGUCAAUUAGAUUAAAAAUUUAGUAAAUGAUCCUCCAGAAAAUUAAGAUGAAGGGGCAGAAAUGGAAUUAGAAAUGUGA